GACACAUUUCGACCAUCAUACACCAUCUGACAACCAUCUGACAACCAUCUGACACACUUCAACCAUCAUACACCACCGUACACCAUCUUCACCAUCAGAUGCCUGUAUUGGACAUUACUCCAUUCAGGGGGGGGGCUUUUGUCGAGGCAUGAAACAAACUCUUGUCCAAUUUUUAGAAUGGAGAGGUGAAGAAAGCAUUAACCACUGUCGAGAAAGAGAAAAAGGUGCGUCUCAAUCUCAAGACUUUUUUUUAUUGUAAACUUAGCAAAAAAUUAGGCACGUUGUUAAGCAAGAAAAUGUUUUUGUAGGACGUUGAAAAAACGUUAGUUAAAGUUCAGGACGAAGCCGAUGAUACAGUAAGAAUUUUAAGAUGAUUAUUUUGGUCUUGGUUCUUCAUAUAAGUCAUUUGUUUAUAUUUCACCCAUGAUGACUUACAAGCUAUAUGUUCUUACUAUCUCUUAGUCAGAGAAACUCCUCGAGUCCUAUCAAACUGCUGAAGCGACGAAAGAAGCUUUAAUGGUAAAGUUAGUGUACCACACAGUGAGAUUAAUAUUUAUAUAUAUCUGAAGUAAGAAGUAACUUCAUUCAGCCUAUAUGAGAAGAGUGACGAAAACUGACGUACAAUGCUUAUUAUGAAGGUGGAAAGUUGAGUCACAUGUGCUACCUAACUUGAUUAGCUUUUAUAUAGUUAUUAUAGGUAGCCUUUACUCUAAUUUCUGUAUUUCUAAUUGUUGUUUUUUGUUGGGUUUUUUUCUUCAAAUUCGCACUAUCUAUCUAUCUAUGUGCUUACUGUGUACUCACAGGCGGCCGAGGAGACGAUAGCUGAGCUGAAGAGAGAUUCUGAUGAAAAACAAGCAGAGAUGGGCAACUUACUAACGGAGGCAACCCAGGCUCAUCAAGAAACAGAGGAACAGAGAAAGGUGGGUAAAGGGCAGGCUGUGGGACGGCGUGGGUCAGGUGGUGGCAAGUGGGGGGCGGGGGGGGGGGGGGGGGGGGGGGGGGGGGGGGGGGGGGGGGUGACAUGAUGCAACGAAUUGCAAUCUACUUCAACUGUUUUUCAUAUCAUAAUUUUCUUUUAGUUUGCGGAAGAGAAGUUCUCAGGAGUUGAAAAGACUUUGAACGAUAAGGUAUGAGAUGAAUUCGACUAUAAAAUGUUGACUUCUUUAUAUAACUGGAUUGAUAGUCCUAGCUGAGCCCAUAAUAUAACUUGAUAAUAUAACUUUAUUAUAUAAUAAUAUAACUUUAUAUAUUCGCAAUUAUAUGUGACACCACGAAUUUCAAAUAGGUUGGUCUGCUGGCGCCACUGAGCUAUACUAUAUUACACUGGCGCCUUCUAGUUUCUUAUCCAUUUUUUAACUCUCCAUGCUGAGCCUGUGCAAUUUUUCUCGUUUGCGUAAAUAUAAUUGUUUGUUUUGUUGAGAGCACCACGUUUAUUUAUUUUGAAAGUUCAGUAUUAAAAGACGAUGGUGUCUUAUGAUAUUAUUUCCACUGGUAAAGAUCCGAAUUUUACGUUCGAAAGUUUUGCCAAAUACAACACAAUUUUUAUAAAAUCUUGUGCAUCCCAAACCAGGUUUGUGACUUAGAAACAAAACUCUCGGAGAUGAAUAAGAUGAAAAAUGAGGAAGAAAGCUCAAGAAAAAAUGCCGAGGAAAUUAUUGAAAAAUUAAAACAAGAAUCAAAAGAUAAGGUGUGUAUAUUCUCUUACAUUACCCACCUUGGAAAGCUGUAAUGUUUAGAUCCUAAACUUCAUAGAGCUCGGUUUUCGGUUAGACAAGAUGAAUAUUUUAUCAACUGAGCUCUAUGCUUGUUGCGCAGUAUAGCCGGUGUCAUGUUUGGAAUUUAUAAUUGAUAUCGAGCUUUUUGGGCUAAUAUAGUAGAUGGGGUUUUAUUUGUAGAUGCAGGGAUGGAUUUACUAGAAGGGUCGCAUCCCCCCUAGCCCUGGUCAGAGGGGGUGCAGACGGUGCUAUUUUUCAUGAUAAAGCAAAAAAAUAUUAGAGACAAAAUGAGAUACAGUAAUUUGAGUAAUAACAUGAUGAUAAGAAAACUGUGAACAACAAUUACAAUUCAAAUACAGUAGUGAAGCAAGACUUUGCAGUGGUGAAGCAAGUUGAUGGGCACCAGAGCUGUCAGAGCACCCCCCCCCCUACCAGAUCAUGCUGGAUCCAUCCCUAUAUGGAACGCAAAUUUGUAUUACACUUUCAGACCUAACAUUCUUAUUAUUAACAGCAAGAGGAACUGAAUGGUUUAUUGGUUGGAAAAACUCAAGCAUAUGACGAUACGGAUAAGAAACUUAAGGUGCGUUUAGUGCACUGUGAAUUUUUGACACAAAAUAAUUCUCUGUUAAUGUAAGAUAAUUGAAAUUAUAACUACAGCAGUUUAUAUUCCUUACGUGUACCAUCGAGCAUGCUGUUUCUUUCAGGUGGCUGAACAGAGAUGCUCAGAACUGGAAGAAACGCUGAAUCAAAAAGUAGGUGCAUUACUAUUUUUGUAGAUGCCGUCCCGAGAUUUUCUAUUUCUCAGUUGUCCAGGGAUGAAUUUACUGGGGGUGGGGGUACAGACGGUGCGUAUACCCCUCCCUAGCCAUGACAAAGGGGGUGCAAGGGGUGUUCUAAUUUCCCGAUCAAAUGCAUUUCUUUUAUUUGGAAAGCCAAUAUUUUACUACCUUUACCAUCAACUAGGCCCCUGAAGUUUGCCAGGGCUUUUAAUUAUGUAUAUUUGCCACAUCGUACAAGACAAGAUAGAAAACUUUAUUUAUACACGCUGACCUCGUCAACCGAAGCUGAUUUCCACGAAGGACGUGCGCAAAAAAAUACAAAUGUUACAAUUUAAAAGUGCUAUUAUUAAGAGCUAUGUACAAAAAUACUUAUGUUUUAAAAGAUGGAAUAUUAAAUUAUUUACAUAAUAUUAACGUUGUUAGACUAUUUACUGGUAAUCAAUUUACAUUGUUCUCAUUUAUGUGAACAGCGAUUUUAUUUUGAAAGGAAGAAAGAGAUCUGCUCUCCCUAAUGAAAAUAAUUUACAUCGUUGUCUCACUGUGGUGACUAUCGUUUGACCAGUAUCUGCUGCGCGAUAGUGCUUCCUCGUGAAACCUAACCAACACGCAUGUACGAUGUUUUCACUACAGGUGGUUGACUUGGAAAGCAAACUGGAUGAAAUUGCAAGAAUAAAAGUGGAAGCAGAGAAGUCGCGAAGGCAGGCUGAGGAAAGAGUGGAAAAUGUCACAAAGGAAUCGAUUGAAAAGGUUUGAAUUCGAUGUUUCGAGUGAAAGCCCUACGUCAAGUGUGUGACUACAGUAACUAUACUCCUGACGAACGAACUUCCCUCGAAGUGUUUUAAUCUUUUUGAGCAUUUCAGGUAGUUCAAACACGAACGACGACCCUACCCCACCCCACCCCACCCCACCCCACCCCCACGUUUAUGAGAAGCUUACUUUUUGUUGGUUUUUCCAGCUCGAAAACGAGAAAACCCAAAGAGACAACGAAGAACUACAAAACAAUCAGCGUUUACUGGGUGAGUGAAAAAAUAUAAUAAUGUGAAUGCUAUUAUACAUCAGAGUAUAAUAUACCCAGCUCUGGUCGAAUAUAUACUGAGAAAUCUUUCUGUGUUUAGUAAUGGCUGUUGAAGAAUCAGAAAAGAUUGUUCAAAAUACUUUGAAUGAGUUUGAGAACCCCAAGAACUGUGGCACAACAUGUACUGCAGGUAAUGUGAUGGAAAUUACUGAACGAGAAAGAAUUAGACAUUGGUAGCGCAACAGGGUAUACACGAAGAUUUACUAUAUUUUUUACUACGUGUAAUUUUUAUUUAGAAUACUUGGUUGAACGAAUGUCAGACUUGUUGCCGUCACUGGAUAGAACUGUCGAAGGAUAUAAUUCCUAUCUACACGACAAGAAAGGUGAGGUGGAAAUAAUUGAUUUGUAAGCGGCAGCAGAUGAUUGUCAAAAAUGUUCUCACUUAUUGGAGUGAGAAAAUGAAACUACAUCUGCAUGUCAAUUCUAUUCAUUUGUUUCCAAACACAAGACUACUACAUACAGUAUAAUAAAAAUAUCAUUUUCUCACCCUAGAUGUCGGUGUUUUUAUUUCGUCUGUCAGUCCAUACGCUCAUCUGCUUAGUGAGUGUAUUCUGUUGGGGAAGGCAACAUCACAUAUGGCGCCCAAGGAGGAUGCUGAAGGUAAUGGUGGUGAUGAUGGUGGUGGCUAUGGUGAUGUUGAUGAUAUUGAUGGCGGUGAUAAUAAAUAUGUGAUGAUGGUGGUGAUGAUGAUAUGAUGAUGAUAUGAUGAUGGUGAUAGUGAUGAUGGUGAUAGUGAUGGUGGUGAUAGUGAUGAUGGUGAUAGUGAUGAUGGUGAUGGUGAUAGUGAUGAUGGUGAUAGUGAUGAUGGUGAUAGUGAUGAUGGUGAUAGUGAUGAUGGUGAUAGUGAUGAUGGUGAUAGUGAUGAUGGUGAUAGUGAUGAUGGUGAUAGUGAUGAUGGUGAUGAUAGUGGUGAUGAUAUGAUGAUAGUGAUGAUGGUGAUAGUGAUGGUGGUGAUAGUGAUGAUGGUGAUAGUGAUGAUGGUGAUAGUGGUGAUGAUGAUAUGAUGAUAGUGAUGAUGGUGAUAGUGAUGGUGGUGAUAGUGAUGAUGGUGAUAGUGAUGAUGGUGAUAGUGAUGAUGGUGAUAAUGAUGAUGGUGAUGAUGGUGGUGGUGAUGAUAUGGUGAUAGUGAUCAUGGUGAUGAUAUGAUGAUAGUGAUGAUGGUGAUAGUGAUGGUGGUGAUAGUGAUGAUGGUGAUAGUGAUGAUGGUGAUAGUGAUGAAGGUGAUAAUGUUGGUGUUGAUGAUUAUGGUGGUAGUGCAGAUGAUAGUUGUGAAGAUGGUGUUGAUUGAGUAAGGUGACUUGUGUCACAGUCUAAUGAUUAUCGACUAAAUUUAAACUUGCCUAAAUCAUGUUUGAAACUUGCUAAGAUGUGAUUACGAUUGUCAUUUAGCCCUUGUAGAACAUUGCAAGGACGGUGGAAAAACAACGUUGGAAUUACUGCAGACUAUGAAAGACGCUGGUGCAGGUUAGACAUUUAUUUGUUGACUGCAAACUGAUUAUCUUUUCAAGAACUGAUCAUACUGCACCUUUACUAUGCACUGAAAAAACUAAUGCAGUCACACUGACUCAGUUCAAAUAUACUCAAUGGUUUGAGUCAAGAUUUGCUUUACUCAAAAAAUGAUUAAAUUUGCACAUAAUUUUCAGUAAUUUUACUCAGAAUUUUGAGUGACUUUGGGGGCAUUAUCUUACUCAAAAUUUUUUACAGUGAUAUUAUUUUAAUUUUUAUCGUGCAUCGAUAUCGUUUUAGAUUCAAGUAAACUGCAGAGUCAAGUUGAAGAAGUGAAGAAAUCAAUUCAAAGUAUUUUGGACAUCGGCAAUGUAAGUUUGAUCAUUCAUUAUUGCGAAGCUACGUAGCGUGCAAAUAAAUAUAUCCUCUGGGAGCCUACUUGAGAUUUCGUGCUUUGUUUUGUGAAUUAGGGUUUAAUACCGAAAGAAGACGAAAGCUUGGACAGCAUUGAGAAUGCCGUGGAAGAUGAAAUUAGCUCAACUGCUGAGGUACUGUAAGAUCUUUACUUAUGCAUGAUCAACACUGAAAUAUUUAAUUAGGUAUAUAAAGCCAACACCCAGUAUUAAGGAAUAAAGUAUUAAGUAUUAAGCAUCGUCAAGCGCCGUAAGCCGUAAGGAAACGGGUUUAACAAGCAAAAGCAAGUAAGCAAGUAAACCAAAGGCAUAUUCCCGCACAUUGGAAUUUUACAAGUUUUGAAUAUGAGGUGAAUAUUGUGAUGCCUGACCACGGUGGGAAUCGAACCUACGACCUUUGGAAUACUAGCCCAAUGCUCUACCAACUGAGCUACGCGGUCUGGUCGGUUCGAGUAUGUGAUAUUUCGGAACAGAAUCUAGUUCCUUCGAUAUCAAUGUUAUCUAAUAAUAAUCAUGAUUUUUCUGUGUUGAUGUACAAGUUUUGUUGAAGAUGGUGAAAAUGUAAAGCAAUAAAGGUCAAGGUUUUAAGCGUUCGAACUCUGUUUCGUACAUCAGGCAUGUCUGUAGAUUUCACUUUUGUGGAGGUAGCCAAACUUCGAAUGGAGCUUAGUCAAUGCCAUUAAUUCCAGGUUUAAUUUAAGUUACUGGCGGCACAUGACUUUAGCAGUUGUUAGCUAUAGUAACUCUAGGUUUACAGAGAAAGUUAGCUCCAUCAUGUCUUCACGUGACAUUUGUAGCUGGCCUGCAUGUAACUGCUAAAUUCCUAAUUCAACCAAGUUUGAUCUUUUGAAGUUAGCCCCUUGGAAGGAGCGACCCUGAAAGGAUUCCAUAGCCUCUGCAGGCGUGAGACCCAGUUCUUAUUUUGUUGACAAAAAUUGUCUACAUUUUCUUGUAGCUUGUUGCCGAAGCCGUGACUAGAAUCGAGGUUGGUAAUAAAUGGCUUUGUAGAAGCUGCAUAUGUUUUCAACUCGACUUGACGAGAAGAAAUAGCUGCUGUAACAGCAUUGUAAAUCAGUCCAUUCUCCGUUUUAGGAAAUGUUAAAGAACGCACGACAAGCAGAUACUGGUGUGAAAUUGGAAGUAAAUGAAAGGUACGAGGGUGUAUUGUAUAUGAUUGUAGUCGCUCUAAGCUCAGGGCCGCCGAGGCGCAGGGGGAUUUUUGGCCUUGGCUCCUGUGGGAACGUUUGGCCCCUGGCCCCGCCAACCUUCCGACGACUCUGUCUGAGUCACUCCAGUGCAGUAAUUAAUUUUCUCAACUUUACUCUAGGAUUUUGGAUUCGUGUAAUGCUCUUAUGAAGGCAAUUCGUGUUCUUAUCUUAAAGUCCAAAGAUUUGCAAGGAGAGAUUGUCGAGGAAGGAAUGGUAAAGAACUUAAUGUUGGAGUCAUAUCUCUACCUUAUUGUUUCUUUAGUAGCCUGAUUUAUGCCAGAUCAUUUCAGAGUUGCCAAAAGUGUUGAACAUUUCGAAAAACGUUGGAAAAAAGUUUGAAGUUGAAAAUUUUUCUUUUCAACUUUUUUCACAAUGACAUUUUCGGAAAUUUUUCUGUCCGUGGAAAUUUUGCUUGAGUGGAAUUGGGCACUGAUAAACCGUAUGAAUCGGGCCUAUGUUACUAGCAGACGAAUUUCUACACAACUGAAGAUGUUCUAUAAUGUUUCAGGGCUCAGCCUCCGCUAAAGAAUUUUACAAGCGGCAUCACAGAUGGACAGAAGGCCUGAUAUCUGCGGCGAAAGCUGUCGGUUGGGGAGCUAAAGUACUUGUGUAAGUAUAUGUAACCUAUGUAACCUACUGCAUGAGUUUCAUUUUACCAAACACCGCUGGUUUUCUUCUGUUUUUUUCCGGGUAGAGGUCCAACUAAGGCCAUACCUUUUGUAAUAACAUUCAAAACCUCAAUAAUUCAUGAGGAAAACACAAAGAAAAAUCAUUAGUGUGUCGUAUCUUUAUGUGUGAUAAAGAUUUCCCUUGAUUUACAUAAAUUUUAACUUUAAUUUUCUCGACUUGCACAACGUAUUUUUUUGAAAAUUACUUCGCCAUUAAUGAACUUACUAGAUCGAUCGUUUUUGAAGCAAUUUAAAACAUUCGCAGUACGUGUUUUAUCAGACCUAAAGAUGCUCGGCUUUGCCUCUUAUCUUUAUAUCUGAUAAAACACUGCUGCUCAUGUUUCAAAUAGUACAUAAGGCAUUGCCCUUACUGGACUUCUAGGGAGACCAUUUUGGAAGUGAUAAAUCCACGCAGUCAGUGUCGUAGCCCGACGAUUUAGUCCCGCUAUGCAAAUAUUUUCGUGUUCAUUGAAAAACCAAUUGUGAAAACAUUCAAUUUCUAAAGAAAUGAAUACGCGGUCAGGUCGGUUCGAGUAUGUGAGCUACGCGGUCAGGUCGGUUCGAGUAUGUGAUAUUGCGGAAACUGAGUCUAGUUCCUUCGAUAUCAAUGCAAUCUAGUAAUCAUGAUUUUUUUCUGUGUUGGUGUAAUGUACUCAGGUGAAUAUGAUGCUUGUGAUGUUACUCUGAGUGUAUAUCAACACCGGGCAAGCUUGAAAUGCUCAAGUUCUCAAGAUUGAAAUUACUAGCCCAAUGCUCUGCCAACUAAGCUACGGUGGGAAUCGAACCUACGAUAAUAAUUUUGAAUUUGCAUAGCCAGACUAAAUUGUCGGGCUGGCUACGCCACUGCACGCAGUAUAAAUACAGCAGUUAAUCUUCUCUUGUUAAUUUCCUCUUGUUCAUCAGUUGUAUUUGUGUUUUAUUUCUAGUGAUGCUGCGGAUAAAGUGGUGAAAGAGGGAGGCAAAUUUGAUGAGCUCGUCGUCGCUUCCAAGGAAAUUGCUGCGAGUACUGCACAGUUGGUAAGCUUGUGAAUUUUCGUUUUUCAAAUAACCUCUUUCUCUGCCAAUCGAUUCGCUCCUCUGCUCCAAGUAUUGUUCCUUGCCCUUUUCCUCCCGGUGCACUGCAGUUGUCGUAACAUUGUAAAUAAUUUCGACCGUGAUUUAAGGUGGCUGCAUCAAGAGUUAAAGCUUCUCCAAGAAGUUCAAGAUUAUCUGCUUUAACCACGGCAUCAAAGUCAGGUAGGCUUCACUUCUUAGAACUGUUGCUUAAAAUCACAAAUUAUAUUCUAAGAUUUAUUGCUAUGUUUCUCUAGUUGCUGAGGCAACCGGAAAUGUAGUGGCGUCAGCAAAAACUGGCUCUGAGAUGAUUGAAGAUAGCAGUAAGUACACCACAGCCACCUUCAAAACUUUUCAGGGUGGGGUUGCCAAACUGUUUAGGGUGGGGUUGCCAAAAACUACAGUGGCAUCCCUUACCCUCAAAGAAACCCCCUAUAACUAUUCCCUCUGUUUUCCCAUAGAGACAGUUCCUGAUUAUUCCAAACUUACACUAACUCAAGCAAAGAGACUAGAAAUGGACUCUCAGGUAACGCCAACUUUAAUUUCUUCCUGCAAAGAUUAUGUCAAACUCACUAAGAUAUUUAUCAUGCAUGUUUAGGUGCGAGUAUUGGAACUAGAAAGUCAACUUGAAAAAGAACGAAAGAGACUUGGUGAUCUCAGACGUACACAUUAUCAACUGGCAGGCGCUAGUGAGGGCUGGGAGGAGGUAUGGAAACCUAAACUAACUUUACACUGGAUAGCUCACUCAGUUCUAAACUGUUCUUCCUGGGGCGCUUUCCAUUUAAUGGCCUGACCGGUCAGACCCAAAUUCUUUUCUCUGUAUCAAUGGAAAGAUCUGGUCUAUGUUUCUCAAAUAUCUAGCGAAAAUGGACCUCAUUCUGAUGUUAUCGAAAUUUUCUGGUCAGAUAGGUCCGAAGUCCAAAUGUUUUGUGUUACAUUCAACAAUUUGGCCGUUCUGACCGGUCUGGCCGUGUUAAUGGAAAGCGCCCCUGUAGAUCCAAUAAGGAUCAUCUCUUAUUGAUCCAGUGUUACUACAAGAGGAAACCUAAACUAAACUAACUUUAUACUGGAUAGUUCAAUCAGUUUUAAACUGUUCUUCCUGGAGGUGCAGUGACGGUCAUUCCUUAUUGAUCCAGUGUUACUACAGGAGGAAGCCUAAACUAAACUAACUUUAUACUGGAUAGCUCUAUCAAUUUUAAACUGUUCUUCCUGGAGAUCCUAUAAGGAUCGUUUCUUAUUGAUACGAUCUUACAGUAUUACAGAAGGAAACCAAGCCUCAACUAACCUUAUUUAUACUGCAUGGAUAGCUUUAUUGGUUCUAAACUGUUCUUUCUAGAGGUCCAGUAAGGAUCAUCUCUUAUUGAUCCAGUGUUCCUACAGGAGGAAACCGAAACUAAACUCACUUUAUUUAUACUGGAUAGCUCUAUAAGUUCUAAACUGUUCUCCCUAGAUGUCUAGUAAGGAUCGUUUCUUAUUAAUCUAGUGUUACUACAGGAGGGAACCUAAACUAACUUCCUGGAGAUUCAGUAAGGAUCGUUUCUUAUUGAUCCGGUCUUAUUACAGAAGGAAACCAAGCCUCAUCAACUAACCUUAUUUAUACUGGAUAGCUUUAUCAGUUCUAAACUGUUCUUUCUAGAGGUCCAGUAAGGAUCAUCUCUUAUUGAUCCAGUAUUCCUACAGGAGGAAACCUAAACUAAACUUACUUUAUACUGGAUAGCUCUAUAAGUUCUAAACUGUUCUUCCUAGGGGUCUAGUAAGGAUUCUUUCUUAUUAAUCUAGUGUUACUACAGGAGGAAACCUAAACUAAAACUGUACCACCAUCACUCCGUGAUUGUGUAUAUUCCUUUUAUUUUUCAGGAAGAAUCGAAGUAGAGAAAAAACUCUAUCUGGCGUCUGUACAAAUUUAGAAACCUAGACAGUAAGAAACUAUUGAUAUUCAUUUCAUGCACGCGCAUACAUUUUAUAUACGUGUUUGUAAUUAGUAAUUUUAUUCGGCCUCGCACAAACAUUUUAAACUUUUUACAAGACACAGAUACAGGGCCGCAGACAGGGGGCGGGCCCUGAGGUGCUGGGGGCCCCUGGAAAUUUUUUAUUGGGCCCCAGUCAUUUUUGUGGGCAAGAUUUUUCUUUUUGGAGGGCUAAGUACCAAAAUUUGGUAUGAAAAAUUGAGAUAGAUUAUGAGAAAAUAUGAGAAAAUAUGAGAAAAUUUUGAAAUAGGGGCCCCUAAAAAAAUUGUCCCGGGCCCCCGCCAACCUCUCGGCAGCCCUGCACGGAUACCUAUAUAUAUUAAUUUUAUAGGAAAAGUUGAGUUAGUUCUUAAUCUUAUGUAAAAUACAUAUACAUGAAAUAUAUUAUUGUUACCUUAUUGUAACAACUAAAUGGAUUAUUUAAUUGUUGUAUAUUUUCACAUUUGUUGCGGAGUGC